UGAACAGGAGGCUCUAUGGUCGCUCCCUCCGACUCCCAUGAGGAAGUGCGACCCAGAGUCUCCUAUAUACUUCCGUUUCCAGCUAGGCCUCUUUCUUUCCGUGCUGAUAGCGCGCCUGCAAGCAUGGUGAAUGUUCCUAAAACCCGGCGAACUUUCUGUAAGAAGUGUGGCAAGCAUCAACCCCACAAAGUGACACAGUACAAGAAAGGCAAGGAUUCUCUUUAUGCCCAGGGCCAAAACUACGAAGAAGAUAGUGCUGAGGCUUGAGUGUGUUGAGCCCAAUUGCAGGUCUAAGAGAAUGUUGGCUAUUAAGAGAUGCAAGCAUUUUGAACUGGGAGGAGAUAAGAAAAGAAAGGGCCAAGUGAUCCAGUUUUAACAUUCAUGUUUUGUUUUAGUAUCAAGACAAUAAAAUCUUGCCAUGUUCACUUCA